AUGGUCGAGCCGACAAUCUUCCUCGCGCUCAUGAAUAGGUGCCUCAAAAUAGGACACUUCCCCACCAUCUGGAAGGAGGCCACCGUGGUGAUACUUCGGAAGCCGGGUAGGACGGACUACACGACUCCGAAGGCAUACCGACCAAUUGGCCUGCUUCCAGUGAUGGGGAAGAUCGCGGAAAAACUCUUUGUGAAAAGAGCGAGUUGGCACAUCCUGCCGAAAUUGAGCGUGAGGCAGUACGGGUUCAUACCGCAGCGCAGCACCGAGGACGCCCUCUAUGACCUGCUGAGCCACAUAAAAAGCUCUCUUCGCGAAAAGAAGAUCGCAGCAUUGGUCUCGCUCGACAUAGAGGGCGCCUUCGACAGCGCAUGGUGGCCGGCCAUAAGAUGCCGACUGGCAGAGACGGGCUGCCCUAAAAAUCUGAGGAGGGUCUUUGACGGUUACUUGAAAGACAGGAAGGGAUCCAUAGGGGGCCCAAUACUAUGGAACUUGCUGUUGGACCCCCUAUUGCAAGGCCUUGAAAGAAAGGGAGUCUGCGCCCAGGCAUUCGCGGAUGACGUUGUCCUGGUCUUCGACGGCCACACUGCCCUGGAGAUCGAGGGGCAGGCCAACGCAGCCCUCGCCUAUGUUCGGGAGUGGGGCGUCAUGAACAAGCUGAAGUUCGCACCACACAAAACUAAAGCCAUGGUUGUGACUAAGAAGCUGAAGCAUGACACCCCACGACUGAGCAUGGGUGGGGAAGGCAUUGAGGUGGUGAGGGAGGUGAGGCUUCUGGGAUUAAUAAUAGACGAGAGCCUCACCUUCAACACCCACGUCAAAACCAUCUGUGCAAAGGCCCACCGGAUCUUCCACCAGCUGGCAAGAGCGGCAAAGAUUAGCUGGGGCCUCGACACGUCAAUCAUCAGGACCAUCUAUACUGCAGUUAUAGAACCCGUCCUGAUGUAUGCCGCGGGAGCAUGGGGGCAGGCCGUAAGUAAAAAGUGUGUAAGAGUCCAGUUUGAAAGAAUUCAGAGAGUGUUUUUACAAAGGAUAUGUAAGGCGUACAGAACCGCAUCGCUACACUCGGUUCAAAUCCUCACGGGAAUCCUUCCCAUUAACCUGAGGAUUGAGGAGGCGGCGGUUCUGUACAGGGUGAAAAGAGGUCUCAGCCCCCUUCCGUAUCUCGACGCGGACAUUGAGACCAGAGCCAGACCGAGCGAACUCCCACACCCUGCUGACGAGCCGCGUCUAGCCUUUGACCAUUACAGCCCAGAGCUUGGACUUGACCAACAGGCAGACGCGACAAACAUAUACACCGACGGCAGAAGACGGAGACGGGGUGGGCGCCGCAUGUUGGAGACCACAAAGAACUCAAGACUGUCAAAAUAA